AUGAGCGACCCUACCAACAUUUCUGUCAUCCCGCCGCCGCUUGGGACAAAGUCGAAUUUCAUCAAUCCGGUCGACCAGUUGACAGCUAUCUAUGUCACGUCGGGGAUCGUGCUUGCGCUCCCAGCGAUAGGGAUAGCUGCCCGGCUGUUCGUGAAGUUGGUUGUUGUCCCGGGUAGCCACCGAACAGAGGAUUACCUGAGUUACUUUGCCUUCGCUUCCUUUGUUUCCUAUGUCGCCGUCAUCCUUCAUCUCUCUGGGAUGGGCCUCACGCACCACUUGUACGAUAUUUCUGUUGCACAGAUUUCCGGCAUCUUGUACUGGGUCAAUAUCGUGUACUGUCUCUACUCCAUCCCUACAGCCGCCGCAAAGCUUUCGGUACUGUUCCAGCUCAGGUCGAUAUUCACCACCGGCAACCGUAACGCUGUCUACUGGGUCAUAAUGGUGUCCAUCGUGGUCAAUUUCAUCUUUUAUACCGGUCUCUUCUUCUCCUACGUCUUCCAGUGCUGGCCGCGAGAGAAGAUAUGGCAUGGCGACACGGUCGCAGGCAAGUGUACUGAUGCCAUACAAGUGAACCUCAGUUCCGGAAUUCUCAAUAUCGUAUCUGAUAUCGAGGCCCUACUCAUUCCGACCUGGGCUAUCUGGCACCUCUCACUGCCCCUGAAACGGAAGCUGGCCGCCUUGUCCGUCUUCGGCGUCAGUUCGAUUGCGAUUGGAGUAGGCAUUGGAGGCAUGUAUAUCCGCGUCACGCUCCUAACGAACAUUGAUCAGACCUGGUGGUUGACAAAGCUUGCGUUGCUCGUGACUGCCGAGAUCUCCAUCGUCAUAUUCGUUGGUUGCAUGCCGUCUUUCUCUCGACUCUAUCACUAUGUCCGCGGAACUGGACCUUCCAACCAAACCACGACCAAGUCCAAAUCUGGGCUCGUGACCUUCGGCUCGUCUGAGAAUAAGGCAAAAUCUGGCAAGGGUGGCAAGGGUGGCAACCUAUCAAAUACCAUGGCCAGAUACAUGGGUACGCGUGGUACUGGCAUGACCACACUGGGCAGUCAGGGCGGCUUCGACAACGAAGAUACGCUCGAGCUGCGCACAUACGUCACCUCAACAGCCAACGCCGGCGGUGCGGUCACACCUGCGACGGACGCUCAAAUGGAUGACUUGGAGAACGGUGGCCAAGCUGCGGUCUCCAACCCGAGCGGCGCCCCAAACCACAUCUGGAAAACAAGCCAGGUCGGCCAGACCUACUCCAGGCUGUCGGACGACGAAUGGAGUAGAAGGGUUUGA